AAAGUGAAAUAAGCGCCUCUAGCGGACACCGCUCUAUUCAAAGUAGACAUUUACUAAACACGAAAACGAAAAAGAACAUCAAACAUGAGUCUUCAGUGGGCUCUGAUCGCAGGCUUCCUUUACCUGGAAAUUGCCGUUGUUUUACUUCUGGUCCUUCCCUUGAUUUCAGCGCGAAGAUGGCAGUCGUUCUUCAAAUCAAGGUUCCUCCAGACCCUCAGCAGCCAAGCACAACUCUACUUCCUCAUCCUGCUUGCCAUUCUUAUUCUCUUCUUUUUGGAUGCUAUCCGUGAGAUGAGGAAGUACUCAGACAAGGAACACACUGCAGACCACCAGCACCUGGACGCAGAAAUGCAAUCGACGAUGCGCCUCUUCCGCGCCCAGCGCAACUUCUACAUCUCUGGCUUUGCCCUGUUCCUCAGUCUGGUAAUUCGUCGCCUUGUGACUCUCAUCUCAACCCAAGCCACUCUGGAAGCUUGCAGCGAGGCAUCGAUGAAGCAGGCGCAGUCUGCCACCCAGGCGGCCAGACAGAUGAUGACAUCACCCAAGGAGGAACUCCAGGAGCUCAACAACGAGAUCAACGAACUCAAAAAAGAAUUGGCAAAGGAAAAGUUGGACAAGGAAGCAGUUUUGCGUCAAAGCGAAAAUCUGUCGGAAGAGUAUGACCGCGUGUCCAAACUGAACAGCGAAUUGGAGAGGAAACUGGCUGCAAGUGAGCCGUCUAAGAAAGAUGACUGAACAAGAACCGACUGAAAUUUGCAACGUUCUCCUUCAAUCACGUAAUCUGAGUGUUACCAAGCCCAUAACAUAUUAAUAUCUGGUAACCGUUAAGCAAACUGGCCAAAUUUGUCUGUGGAGUAAGCCUUGAAGAGGAAUAUUGUAAUAUUAUAAGUUAUUGUUUUGCCCUUACCAGUAGUUCAAUUUGAUUGCUGUUCUGGUUUUUUUUCCAAUUUUUUCUAAUUUGUUUACUGUUGUUUUCCUGGCACCUCUACGUUAUGUAAUCUGCUUUUUCAUAAAAAUAAAUAAAAUGGUUAAUUA